UCUGGAGAAUUUGUCCACGUUACACUUCGUUGUUCUCUCCCACAGUCCCUUCUGCUGUUGGUCUAUUUCAAGUUGUUCUUACAUUAAUGAUCAUCGUCUCUACCAAGUUGGGGAGUAUAAAAAAAUUGGUCUUUUUAAAUUUUGGGUGCAAAUUUUGUAGUUUCAAGAAUGGCUGUCCUAAAAGAAGGAAGUAGACCACCAUGGGUAGGUCUUGCUGCUGCUGUUUGGGUACAGAUAGCAGCUGGCUCAGCUUAUACUUUCCCCCUUUAUUCCCCUGCUUUGAAAUCAGUUUUGGGUUUCAGUCAGCAGCAGCUGACUAUUAUUGGAGUAGCAAAUGAUAUUGGGGAGAAUGUUGGGAUUCUUCCAGGAAUAGCUUGCAACAAGUUCCCACCUUGGGUUAUUUUGCUUGUUGGUCUCUGCCUUUCUUUUUUUGGCUAUGGUGUUCUUUGGCUUGCUGUCAGCCAGACUGUACUGUCCUUGCCUUACUGGGUUCUUUGGCUCGCACUGGUAGUUGCUACAAACAGCAGUGCAUGGAUGGGAACAGCAGUACUUGUCACCAAUAUGAGGAACUUCCCUCUCAGUAGAGGUACUGUUGCUGGGAUACUGAAAGGCUAUAUUGGCCUGAGCGCUGCAGUUUUCACAGAGAUCUUUGCUAUGGUUCUUAAUGAUUCAGCUUCAGAUUUGUUGCUGUUUCUAACAUUGGGAAUUCCGAUCAUCUGUUUGGCCAUGAUGUACUUUAUCCGGGCUUGCACACCAGCUUCUGGCGAGGAUUCUUCUGAGCAUGUCCAUUUUCUUUUCACACAAGCAGCAAGUCUGUUGCUUGCAGUUUAUCUUCUCACUACAACAAUUUUGAAGACCAUUCUAUCUCUAAAUAAUUCCAUCUCCUAUAUACUUGUUGGAGUAAUGGUUAUCUUAUUGAUGUCUCCUUUAGCAAUUCCCUUGAAGAUGACAAUCUUUCCUUCUCGUCAUAAGAGACCUGGAAAAUUAGAUGGUUCCUCAAAUGAUUUGACUGAAGAAGAAAUCAGUUCCAGCCAAACGGCGUCCUUAUUAACUCCAAUUUCAUCAGAAGCAGACCUUGGGAGCUUCCGUGAAGGUGAAGAUAUUUCUGAGGUGGAUAUGCUGUUGGCUGUGGGUGAGGGUGCAGUGAAGAAGAAAAGGAAACCUAGAAGAGGUGAAGACUUCAAAUUUCGUGAAGCUAUUAUUAAAGCUGACUUCUGGCUUCUGUGGCUUGCAUACUUCUUUGGUGUUGGCUCUGGUGUAACUGUUCUUAAUAAUUUAGCACAGAUUGGAGUUGCACUUGGUGUAAAUGACACAACGAUAUUACUGAGUUUGUUCAGCUUUUGCAAUUUCUUGGGCCGUCUUGGGGCAGGUGUUGUUUCGGAACACUUUGUAAGGUCAAAAACAAUACCACGGACAUUUUGGAUGAUGAUAACACAAAUCCUCAUGAUUAUAACAUUCCUUCUUUAUGCUUCAGCUCUGAGUGGUACUCUCUAUGCUGCGACUGCAUUACUAGGGAUUUGCUUCGGUGUUCAGUUUGGUGUAAUGAUUCCUACUUCCUCCGAGCUUUUUGGCUUGAAACAUUUUGGCAUAAUAUUCAACUUCAUGCAGCUUGGCAAUCCUUUAGGAGCACUCCUGUUUUCUGGUCUACUGGCUGGUUAUGUCUAUGACACAGAGGCAGGAAAGCAACAAGGAUCGCACUGUCUGGGCCCAAAUUGCUUCAGGCUCACGUUUCUGGUUUUAGCAGGAGCCUCUGCCUUUGGCGCAUUCUUGAGCAUGAUCUUGACUAUCAGAAUCAGACCAGUCUACCAGAUGUUGUAUGCUGCAGGUUCUUUCCGUUUGGCUCAGGCUUCUGAUCACUAAUUGGCGUAGUCACCUUUUGCAUCUAUAUAUUUAUAUAUAAUAUAGAAUUUUACCUGUUUUCAUGAUCCCUAUUGCAUUUCCCUACUGACAAGGGAAUGUUGUCUCCUACUGUGAACAUAAUUGGAAUUGUUCUCUCAUUGAAUGUGGCUUCCAUCAUGUUCCUCUGGGUAAAACUGAAGUUUGAAAGUAAGGUUGAUGUCCCAGUAAAAUGUACUACUACUGUUGAUUCUGUAAUGAUCUUUGGGGGACAACUUGAGGCUUCUAUUUCAGGAAAUAAAUAGUGCAUUAAAUUGCCUGCAAAAUUCUA